AAGUGCGCGGUAUACGUUUUUUUAGAGCGCUCAAAAAUGUGGGGGCUCCGAAAACGAGGAGAGUGACGUACGCAAUGUGUUAAUCGACCGCGUUCCACGAGUAGAGAGAGAUAUCUGAAUGAUAUGUUCGACGAUUCGUGUUUUCCUCCGUGCGAAAGAGGGGCGGGGCCACGCGGUCGAUAGAAUUGUAAAUAUUAUAGUUUUCGAAAGUCACGGUCGAAGGAAUAUAAAUAUCGGUAAUGUUUUUGUUUCGAUUCAGUUGCGACGAAAUUCGGAGAGUGGAAAGAGCGGUCGGAGCGCGAGCGCGGCAUACGUCGUAUACGGGUCACGGUUACAGCUGCGUAAUUCACGUGUGGAGUGGAAGAACGAGAUCACCGGAUACGGGACAAAAGCGUGGAGAGUAGUGAGAAAACAUUAAAAAAGUUCUAAGCUAGUAGUAGAGACGCGUCGUACAAAUUGCCUCUGGUUGAAUUCCCUUUUCUUCCCUUUCUUCCCUUCUCCGCCCACCUCCUGACGAACUCUCAGUCAACUCGUUUCCUUGAGAAAGCAAAACUGGGAUACCCGGUUGUGAGCUUUCUGCAAGCUUGACGCUCUCUCGAGUCACGAUCCUUUGGAUUGGUCGAGGGAGGGAUUUGCUUUAGCCGACAUCGGUGCAAAGUAUAGGGAGACGAUCGAGUAUCGGCAAAUAUUUGACGCCAUCAGGAAAUCGUGUGUGUUUGUGCGCGCGCGUGUGUAUAUGUGCAUGUGUGUGUAUUUGUAGAGAACCUUUCUUUUCUUUCUCUUUUCGCGUUUGAUUUUUCGGUCACGUUCACACGCGUGUAAACCGUGUAAUUCUUGAAUCAACGAAAUUCGGAAUAAUAGUUAUGAGCUCGUCUACGAAUCGAACCAAAUUCCAAAAGAUUUAUUUUCGCGUCUCGAAAAAACGAGUCCAAAUUCUCGAGAGCUUAGAAUUUUAGAUCGGUUUUGCGCGACACCGAGUUUUAACUCCGUAAUAAAGCGUAAUAAAGCAUCCGGACCGGAAUAUUCGAUCAAUGCCAAGAAUGUUGUAACGCGAGGAGCGAGAUUCGUUUCGCGGCGAGAGCCAAUUUCAGCAUUAAUUACACGGAAAUGCGAUUUCAUCGACGAUUCUCGUGCGGAGAGAACUCUCUCCGGUCCGGAAUAAUUACGCGCUAUUACGCCAGUUCGAUUUUGCAUCGUCCACCAUGAACGUUAUUACCGUUUAACAAGUAUGAACAUCGAUUAAUAUCGCACGAGGAAAGUUGUGCUCGAACAGUUUCACCGUGUGUGCCACUCCAUAGAAGGGGUCUCGAAGGGAUAAUGACAGAGCCACCGCAAAGUAAUUUCACGGUGGAAAGAUUUAGAGGCAUUAGCCGCCGAGAGCCUAUCGCGGCGACGACGAUACACGGAAAAUAAGACAACAGUGCGAUCUUCGAUGAACCGACGAACGCCUCUCGGUUCCCUGUCUUCUCUUUGUUCUCUUCCUACGGAAGAAACAACAGUCUGCACAGGUUUUACGGCGACUUAACGCCACCGCUUCGACGUUCAACUUCGAAAUCGAGCCGCACCCCUUCAGCUUCUUUAUCGAAACUUCUCCUGGAUACGACGACUCUUCACGACGCGUCUCACUUAUUCCCAUCUUAUCGUUUCCACCGUAUCUUGAAGCUCCGCUUUCUGAGGUGACGUUGAAAUACAGUCUGGGAACGGAACACCUGUUUUCCCUUUUGCCAUUCUUCUCUUUUCUUUGCAACAACGAGCUUAAUCCGGUGGAAUCCCUAUGGAAAUUUCUAAAUGGAAAUUAAUAAGUGUGGAUUUGGCGGACGAAAAUCGAGAAUCCUGAAAUCUGUUUCUACCUCCUCGAAUCCCAUCGAGACGAUUCUUAAUAUUCGUCGAGUGUCGAGGAUUUGUUGAAAGGAGAAAAAGGGACCGCUUAUUAAUAUUGAUGAGAUUUGGUUUUUGUUAAAACGGCCAAUUAUUCAUUCGGAAUGGUAAAAUCGUUAAUCGAUGUGGCCGAAAAUGUGAAAGCAACCGAUAAGCAGAGAUUCCAAGCUAGAUUCUCUGGAUCAAAGGGACCCUCUCUCCUUUUGAUUAUGCAUGAGGUAUUUUUAAAUUUAUUUUGCGCAAUUUAUGAUAUAUUUGGCAAGUGUCGUCGGAUAUUUUAAUCCGAGGAUUAAAGAUCUAUGGAAGAAUAAUCGAGCGGGGAGGAUUCCAAUAGAAAUUUUCGAAAUAUUUCAAUAAACAAAAACUCGACGUACACAGAUAUUGCACAAGAGUUUAAUAUAUUUUUACGAGAAGGAAAAAGAAAGUUCAUCAACAUUACUUUUCGUUCGUAAGAACAAUUUUGAAAGAACGAAUAGAAUUGAAAAAUAACUUUCGAUAAACGUUUGACUUUUCGAAUUUUCCGAAUUAUUACGACGAAACCAUUAACCAUUGGAACAAAAUUAUGAUCUUAUCGAGAUUCGAUACAUCUCGUCUUAAUUGUAAUCUAUCAUAAUUACGAGAGACGACACGAGAUCGAAAAGCGAUCUCAUUUAUUACUCGCUUCUGAAUAUCGACGAAAGGAAUCCUCGACUUAUGACAGAUUAACUUACGUUUCAACGAUGAUAAGAAAACGAGCGUGUCGGAACACGGAUCGUAAUUAGUCACUGGAUGGUUGUUUAAAAGAAAAAUGUCGCGCAACUACGCAAAAACGUAGACUUAUUCGCCGUAUCUCGAGCAUGUAAUUUCAAGUUAAUGAAUUUAAUUGGCUUGGACCAGAUCCAAACUGGAAACCGGCUAAAUAUUAUGAUUGACCGUGCAACCUGUUAUUAUACGAAUUUUUUUUAUAUUUUUUUUCUCCGAUUUGUGAAAACUCGUGUUGAGUGCUCGUUCGAAACUCCCUCACUUAUCGUUAAAUCAUUUAAAAUCAUUACUCGGUCGGAAAUGUUUGUUGCCGCUUAUCAAUCUCCCGGAUUUCGAUAUGAAUUAUUUAAUACCGGAUAUCUCGAUGGCGACAACUUGCCGAUUCACGAAACGUAAUUUACGUGUGGAGAUAUCCAACCGAGAAUUCGCCAAUCAUUCGCUGGAGGAAUUUCCAAGUGUCUCAAUUUCCUCUAAUAAUUACCGAUAUCAUAAUCUGUCUGAUUUUCUGGGAGAAGAAAAAAAAAAAAGAAAAAUAAAAAUCGACCGGUCUUGGAAAUAUUACUCGAAGUUGAGUCGAGACUAUUAUAUCCGCCUAUUUCUCUCUAUCACGAGCGAAAACGUUAAACGUUUCUCUUCCCGAUAUGGGGAUCCCAUAUUCCAUGUUUUAUGUGUCCCCGUAUGUGGCGUGAGAGAUUGCGACCGCAGACCACUGCAUUAACUAAAGUGCACCUUCGAAGAAGAUGAAGUCCACGACUGAGGAAAUAUCGAUGCAUCGAAUUAACGCGAGAUAAGUCGCAUUUUCUUAUCCAUCGAUACUCUUUUCUCCCUCUCUCCCUCUCUCUUUUUUUAACCCUUUUCGUUCGAUGCCAACAGCCUGCCACGAUCUCGAGAGAGAAUCGAGCUAUUAAUCCACCUCGGUUCAAGGAUGAGCCGGUUGCAACAGGGAGCAGAGCAGGGUAGAGCAGGGCCAGGUGCCGAUUGUGCAAUCUCUCCGAUUGCAUCCGUUGGUGCGGUCGAGCUUUUUUCUUUUCGGCACGAGUUGAAGAGAAACGACGGGUUGCGUAAGUUGUAAACGCGUUUGGCAGCGCGUUUGUUGCUCGUUCGAGGAGAGAAACGGGACACGAAGCGACGAAAAUAAAAUAACUACCUCGCCACCUCGGAUGAGGUUCUAAGGUGUUCAAUGUUUCCACGAGAUAAUUCAACAUCCACGCCGUUCGCGUUCGCCCGAUAACAUCUAUCAUCGUGGAUUAGAUACACGUUGCUCACUUGCUCGAGUGAUGCAAGAGGCCAACCAGCGAAACUCUAGCUGGUCGUCGAGAGAAGGGAAGAGAAGAGAAUAUUAGAAGAGGCUGAGACGAUUUUCGAGCAUUUUGCAUCGAGGACUCAACCGGGAUAAUUCAGCAACAGACCGCCAUGAUAUGACACUGGAUUGAGAGGAAGAGCGUGCAACCGACGACCAACCACCAUGAGGAAGUUACUGCAGUUUUUGGCGGUGAUAUUGUUGGGUGUCAAUGCCAGGCGGACGGACGCUGACGCCCCUGUCGACGACGUUUACGGUGGUCAGCGUCGUGGCUCCCUUCACAAGUCUAAUUACAACAACAACAAUGGGAACAACAAUUACAAUUCUCAGUUGAACUCACCCUAUCUCCCGUACCAGCAACCCAGGGAAAGAAAGCCGAAUAUAGUGCUGAUUCUGACGGACGAUCAGGAUGUCGAACUCGGUUCGCUGAACUUCAUGCCACGGACCCUAAGGCGAAUAAGGGACGAGGGGGCCGAGCUAAGACACGCAUACGUGACCACUCCUAUGUGUUGUCCAAGCAGGAGCUCGUUGCUGACCGGCCGUUACGUUCACAAUCACGAGGUCUUUACGAACAACGACAACUGCAGCAGCCCCCAGUGGCAACGAGAUCACGAGCCGCACUCGUUCGCCGCUUACCUGAGCAACGCUGGAUAUCGUACCGGUUACUUCGGCAAGUAUCUGAACAAGUACAACGGAUCGUACAUACCGCCCGGAUGGCGGGAAUGGGGAGGUCUCAUAAUGAAUUCACGGUACUACAACUACAGCGUGAACAUGAACGGGAAGAAGAUAAAGCACGGGUUCGAGUACAGCAAGGACUAUUACCCGGACCUGAUAGCGAACGACAGCGUGACUUUUCUACGCCAAAGUAAACACAAUUUCGCACGGAAGCCGGUGAUGCUGGUCGCGAGCUUCCCGGCGCCCCACGGCCCGGAGGAUUCGGCACCCCAAUUCUCACACCUCUUCUUCAACGUCACCACUCACCACACCCCGGCCUACGACUACGCGCCGAAUCCCGACAAGCAAUGGAUACUGCAGGUCACGCAGAAAAUGCAACCCAUUCACAAACAGUUCACGGAUCUCCUGAUGACCAAGAGGCUUCAGACGUUGCAAAGCGUGGACGAUGCCGUGGACAGGAUUUACCAAGAGUUGAAAGAUCUGGGCGAGUUGGACAACACGUACAUCAUCUACACGUCCGAUCACGGCUACCAUCUCGGCCAGUUUGGCCUGAUCAAAGGGAAGAGUUUCCCUUUCGAGUUCGACGUGAGAGUGCCGUUCUUGAUAAGGGGGCCUGGCAUCGAACCCGGCACCAUAGUAGACGACAUAGUUUUGAACAUCGACUUGGCGCCGACGUUUCUGGACAUAGCCGGCGUCGAGACGCCCCCGCAGAUGGACGGUCGUUCCUUUAAGAAACUUUUUCAGAACAAACACGGGAGAAGAUCGAAGUUCAAGUGGCCGGAUACAUUCCUGAUCGAAUCUUCCGGGCGUCGAGAAACACCGGAAUCGAUCGCGGAAUCGAAAGCGAGGGAAGCGAGGAAACAGAAUCAAACGGCGUUGGUUAAGCAGCAUUCGAACGCGACGCCGGAAGAGGAGGAGGACAACACGGCCGAUCCGGAUACGGAGCACGAAUCGGAGCAUCGAUUCUUCGAGAACGACACGGGAAGCGAUCAAGAUAUAUCGGAGGACGAGGAUUUCGAAGACUCGAUCAUCGACGAAUCGAAUUCCGAUCCGCAUCUGGACAACAGGGUCCAUCCUGUUCACUCGACCUUCUCCACCAAGCACGAACGAUUGGCCAUCGAGUGUUCGAGGCCGGAAGUCCAGACGAAUUGUAUCCCGGGACAGAAAUGGCGUUGCGAGAGGGAUGGGCACAGGUGGAGGAGGCACAAGUGCAAAUACGCGGCGCCUCCUCCGAGGAUGUCGAAGAAAUGCGCCUGUUUCACGCCGAACGGUGUCGUUUAUACAAGAUUGGAGUCGAACGAUUACGAUUACGUGCAUCGUUACCCCGGCUUUGGCAGGGAUAGAAGACCGACCGAUGUUUACGCGGAUGUAGCCAGAUACUUUGCUAGACGAGGCAAACGAGACGUGUCGGGAGCAGGGAGCGAAGAUUCCGGCCAAGAUACAGACGAGAACGAUGAUGAAUAUAAUGACGGUGAGCGGGAUCGGCGAGCUAUCGACGAGGAGGACGACGAGGAUUUCUUCCAGGAAUUGGACAGUCUCGCGGACGAUGUGAGAAAGGAAUACGUAAACUUGAUCUUUAGGGAUAGAUUCGAUAACCAGACAUCGGAGGAUGAGAAACUCGAGUUCGAUAAUUUGAAUGAAUCGGAAUACUCGAUCGACGACUUCGAUCCUAGCUUGGAUAAAGUGGUGAAAGGUCGGUUGAACGUCGAGGACGUGGUGAGAAGACACAGGAGGAUACGAAGGAGCGUCACGAAGAAGGACACCGUUGAACACGUGACCAAGAUAAUGGAGAGCAUCGAGGAGGAAUUGGACGAUUUAAAGGCGACCCAAGAACGCCAAUCGGAACCAAGAAGAGCCGGAUUUCCACCGAAAUGUUCAGUCCUUCCGCAAGGAGGAGUAAAUUGUUCCGAAACCGUGUACCAGGAUCCGAACGAAUGGAGAAACUCGAGGCGAGAGAUCGAACAGCAGAUCAGAGAAAUGAGGAUGCAGUUGGAGACGUUAAAAGAUAUUCGUCGUCACUUGAUGACCAAGCGACCUCACGUUAUGAAAGAUCCGGAGGAUGGAUUGAAAAGCACGGAAGAGGCACAUAAACCGCAUCAUCAUCCUUCCAAAAACCACGUGAACCGACAUCACAAAAAACACGAGCACGCCAAUACGAUUAAUCCUGGCGUAACGACCGUUCGUUCAACGACAGUGAAACACGUUGAUCAAGCGACGGAAGAAAGGAUUGCGUCCACGGAGAAUAAAUCUAUAUUUAACGUUACAGCCACGGAAAGUAGCGACGCCGAUACGAUCACCACGAGCGAGCCAACUUCCACCGCUUCGUUAUCGUCGACUUUUAAGCCAAAGAAAACGUCUCGUCGUCAAAAGACAAAAGAGCCGGUAGUGGUUGGUAAUAGGACGGAAAUGGAGGACGAUAAGGUGCAGAGACGAAGGAAGAUCCACCAUCAUCGAAGGAACAAUACCCUUUUCACGAAUAGCGUGCACGACGAGGUGCCGAUUGUAAAUGUGAGCGAGACGAUCGAGACGACUGUGACCGCGCAAAGCACGUCCAGGUCUCAGUAUCAUCAUCAAACCAGGUACACGACGAUUCCCACGACGACGACGAGGGAAACCACCAUUCACAGGGAGACUGCCACCGGUAUAGGAGACGUCACGAAUGACUUUACCAAGGAAAAUACGGUGGGAACGAAUCCGCAAACGAUAUCAUCCACAGGGUCAGAGACGCCCGACAGAGAAACGACAGAGUCGCAAUCGACGACGCCGCCGUUCACCAGGACGACGACCGGUGUCGAAGGACGUUCCAGAACUACGUUCCCAUCGACGGCUGUGACCACGACCACUACGUCUGUGACCGUACCGGUUACAAUUUCUUCGAACAAGAGGUUUCCAAAGAUUCAGAAGAACAGGACCAACAAUCUCGGACCGUCCAGAAUCGACGUUACCAUUUUGGAGUCCCCGGAUAGGAGGAGCAGACAAGAAAUAAUAGAUAUAGCGAAUAAUAAUCGCCGGUUACCACCAAUGCUGAACAGUCCUUUGGAAGCACGUCACAAGUGUUACUGUGAGCCAGAUUCUUACUCGAAAAAAGACGAGAAAGAGAUCGCUCGGGAGGAAAGGAGAAGGUUGAAGGAGGAACGCUUGAAGAAGAAGGAGAGGAAGCUGAGGAAGAAAGCCAAACUGGAGAAGGAGUGUUUAACCGAAAAGAUGAACUGUUUCGAGCACGAUAACGAUCAUUGGCGCACAGCACCGUUGUGGAGUGCGGGCCCAUUCUGUUUCUGCAUGAAUGCCAACAAUAAUACGUACUCGUGCAUCCGCACCAUUAACGCGACACACAAUUUCCUUUACUGCGAGUUCACUACCGGUUUGGUCACUUAUUAUAACCUGAGGAUCGAUCCGUUCGAACAAUGGAACAGGGUUUCGUCUUUAACGUCUUUGGAACGUUCCUAUCUUCACGAUCAAUUGGAACAUUUAAAGGGGUGCAAAGGGACAAGGGAUUGCACGGUUGGGAACGCGAAGGAAGCACUGCCGCAGCAGCAGCACCAGAGAUUUAUCGCGAAAAGAAAAUUCGCCAAUACCUUCGAGGAUAUGUUCGUACCGUCGACGUUACAAAUUAUUCGCGAGAGCGAGCUUAGCAGUCCGCCGAAUAAGAGACGGAAAAAGUUGCAGAACGUUUGGAACAGACGAAGCAGAAGCUGGCAAACUAAUUUCAGGCAUCAUCAAGACACGAUGAAUUAUCGUCGGCACAGACAUCAGUACUGAUUAUCAUGAUUCGUUUGUUUCUUUUUGAACAAAUUGUCGAAGGAUGCGUGAAAGCAUUGCCUUAGAUGUAUAUUAAUUUCGCGAUGCAUUUAAUAAUGUAAUUUAUUUAGUGAUAUUUAAUCGAGGAAAGAUACGUGAUAUUUAAUUGAAAAUGUUCGGAUUCCAUUAAAAUUAGAAUCGCGCUUUAAAACGAUGUGUUUCGCGUUGCAGAAAGAAAUCAUCUAAAAAUGAAUCGGAUCGCAGAAACAUGUCGACUAUCUAACUAAAUAAAUGAUCUAAAUAGGUAGAUCGACUAUACCGUCUCGAAAAAACUUUUUUCUGCAAUGCUGGUACACUGUGUAUAUUUCUAAUGCUAUAUUUUUCACAAAAUUAAAUUGCGACUGAUCGGACGUGUUUCGCUUAUAUUAAAUGACGUACACGUAUGAUUAACAAUCGGAAACGAUCUAAACGAUCUUUUUUUUUACUUAAUAGCCGAUAUUUUUUAUAAUAAUUUAUUUACUACUACUACUACUAUUACUAUUAUUACUACUACUACUACUACUCGUCUCUUUAGGUCUUUUUGUAUACAAGAAAGCGAAUAACUCGAAUGAAACGAUACUUGCCUAACGAGAUUUAGAGUAAUUUUAAAAUCUUCGAUUGUCCGGAAUUAGCGACACGAUACUUCUUUGAGAAGUGAAUAAGCGAUAUCAAGUAGGUUUAUAAAGAAGAAAAGAAUUAUCUAAGGGGAGAGAAGGAUCCGAGAGUUCGUCCAUCGCGUCACAACGAGAAAAUUAAACUCGAGUUUGUGAGGUGAAACGAACUGAAACGCACAACGAAAGAACGGAACACAAUAGGAAAAUCGUCCUGCCAAAAAUUUGUUGUCUUUCUCUUGUAAAAUUUUCUAUAUAUCGAUAUACGUUUAUAAAACGUUUGUUCUAUCGAAGCUGCCAUUCAUUCGUUUCAUUUUUUCCCUAUUGCCUUCAUUGCAAAAUAACAUUGCAAAAUAUGAAUUGCGACUGCCACAAAGUAUCUUACAAUCAUUCUAGCCACACAUCAUUACUAGGAUGUUUGAGUAGGGACAGGAAAAAAAAAAAAAAAAAAUAAUAAUUCAAAACAUAAUCAAAAAGUACACAAUGUUAAGACUGUAUGAGUUAUAAUUAAAAAAAAAAAAAAAUACUUUUAGGAUUGUUUAUUUUGUGCAAUUUCCUGUCUUAUUAGAAACAAUAUGAAAACUUUUGUGAUUGCUACACCUAACCACAGUCUCUGUUAUAAUGAAAAAAAAAUUGAAUGCUGAUGGAUGUAUAUGUUACUAUAAAUAUAUACAAAAAAAAAAAAAAAAAAAAAGAAAAAAAAGAAAAGAAAAAAAGAAAAAAAAAUGAAAUUCAUUUACAUAUUUGCUUCAAUAAAUUUAGAAGUUUUUGACUAUAUUUGUUGUUUUUUAAUGAGAAUUAAUUAUAAUUAUCAUUGUAUAGUAUGAUUAGAUCUUCUCCAUUAGCAUUUUAUUUUUUUUUAUACAAGUAUAUGUCUGUGUUAUGUACUAGAUUCUCAGUUAGUGUUCUGAGAAUAUCUUCAAGAUUUUGAAGUUAAAGCAAUGUAUUUAAAUCAUGUGAAAUAAAUAAAUGAAAAAAUAGUGUCCAAA